AACUCACGUUGGUUGCAUAAUAAAAAUAAAACCAAUUAAAAGUAGCAAUAAUUUAGGCACAAAUAUCUUACCUUUAAAAUUAGUGUUAAGCCCUAAAAUUAAGUUGUAACGAUGUCUCGCAGUCAGGAGCUUGCUGGCAUGCUGAAAGGGAUGCAAAUCGUGGCAGAGGCUUUGGUAAAAAACCAAAAUGCCGAAAUGCGUCAUUUGUGGUCAAAUUCAUCCGUUCGUUCGGCACUCGAAAAAAACUUGGCAAGUGUUCAGGCGUGCACAGACAAAAUCACAAAAGAUCCUGGCAAAGAGCUCGAAAGUGUGGGCAGUUUGGUGAAAGAGUCAUUCGAGCGUGGCGGCACCGUUGUCGAAGGUUUGAAAAUGUUCAUGAAACCGGUUGAUCAAUUGAAAACAAUCACUCAACAAAAUCUGGGAGUUACGGAGACAGCAACAGGUAACAGCGCUGAAACGAUGGCAGAUGUGAAAUUUGCCGUAAAUCAAGCCAAAAGUUCGGAUGAGAAAAUAGAUUUGAAAGAGUUGGAUGUGUCGUCAAUCACGUUGAAAGAGCUGGAGACGAUUUUGUCGCAAGUGAAGCAGAAAAAAGUGCGUUUGAGUUACGAUGAUCAACAAAAAAAAGUUGAUCCGAUCGAAGAAAAGCCCGUAGCGAAGCCAGAAAUUAAGUUAGGAGCACCAAUACCCAAAGAAUCUUUCGCCAAAGGAGAAAAUCAAGUAAAAAAUAUGAUGGAUGUCGUUUCGAAUUACGGCAAAAAUCGCGAAACAUCGAACGAGGGAUCCACUCCCGAAGCUCCAAAAGUAGAAUUUAGCUUACCUGAGUUGAGUUCCGUGGCAAAACAACGUAAAGUUCCGUCGUCACGCAUUGGAAGAGUGGUUUCGUUCGGAAAUUUAUUCGCCGGAUUGGGUUUUGGAACCGUUAGUGAGCUUACAAAGGGCAUGCUGGGCAUCGGGGGCUCCAAAAGUGUGAAAGAAGCUGUUUUUAGUCCAGAAAAUACAGAACGAAUUGUUGAUACUUUGUGUAAAGUUCGUGGAGCUGCAUUAAAAUUAGGCCAAAUAUUGAGUAUUCAAGAUUCCAAUGUUGUGUCACCGCAACUGAUAAAAGCUUUUGAUCGUGUUCGACAAGCAGCGGAUUAUAUGCCCGAUUGGCAGGUUGAAAAGGCGCUGAAACAAGAAUUGGGGGAAAAUUGGAGAGAUCAGCUUGCGUCUUUUGAACAAAAACCCUUUGCUGCUGCAAGUAUCGGUCAAGUACAUCGCGGCGUCCUACUCGACGGCACCCACGUGGCAAUAAAAAUCCAAUAUCCUGGUGUUGGUCAGAGCAUCGAAAGUGACAUCGACAAUCUCGUCUCCAUGUUAAAGGUGUGGGAUGUCUUUCCAAAGGGCAUGUUUAUUGAUAACGUGGUGAAAGUAGCGAAGCGUGAGUUAGCGUGGGAGGUAGAUUAUCGUCGAGAGGCGGAUUACACGGAACGUUUUGCCGAACUAAUUGUCAAACAUCCGGAAUUUCGUGUCCCGAAAGUCAUUAAAAGUCUCUCAACCGGCAGUAUUUUGACGACAGAACUCGCACCUGGCGUCCCCAUCGAUCAGUGUUUCAACAUGGACAACGAUCAUCGACAAUAUAUCGCGCGUUCUGCCAUGAAAUUGUGCUUGUUGGAACUGUUUGACUAUCGUUGCAUGCAAACAGACCCCAAUUGGUCGAAUUUCUUGUAUGAUCCGAACACGCGGAAAAUUACCUUGAUCGAUUUCGGUGCGACACGAUUUUACAGCAAAGCAUUCAUCGAUAAUUAUUUACGAGUAAUUUUGGCAGCGUCACGAAAUGAUCGCAAGGAAAUUCAUGAGUUGUCGAAGAAAAUGGGAUUUCUCACGGGAUACGAGACCGCACAAAUGGUAGACGCCCAUAUCGAUGCCGUGAUGAUUUUGGGAGAAGUUUUCAGCUUGCCGGGCGAGUUUGACUUUGGGCAUCAAGACACGACGAAGAGAAUUGCUGAUUUAGUGCCUGUUAUGGUUGCGCAUCGUUUGUGCCCGCCGCCAGACGAAAUUUAUUCGCUUCAUCGCAAAAUUUCCGGAAUAUUUUUGUUGUGCUAUAGAUUGAAUGCGAUACUCGAUUGCAAACCAAUUUUCGAUGAAAUUGUCAAAAAUUACAAAUUUGAUGAUUAAAUUCGGUUCGUACUUAGAAUUGGAAAUAAUUUUAGGCUGAAAUUGAGUUAAAUAAACGAAAAAUAUAUUUUUUUUAGAAAAUUAGAAAAAAUAAUUUUU